AUGAGAUGGCUUUCGGUGUUCCUGCAUGUAGUCGGCAUCGGCAUGAUUCCGGCUGAGAGAGUGCUUGUCUGGGAAGACAACUUCGAUGGCAAUAGCCUGGACGAGGCUGUAUGGGCUCUCAACACUGGGAAUGGCUGCGAUCAGGGGGACGGGCUUUGUGGAUGGGGAAACAAUGAGCAGCAGACUUAUACGGAGGAUAACCACCAGGUUCAGGACGGGCUGCUCUGGAUAACGCGCUCACUGCACUAGUGCCGUUUACUCCAACCCGUGGUCACAGAGAAGAGCCCCUCUCUACCUUCCCCUCCUGCGGUACUUUGCCUUCGAUUUUUAAUGCGAGAAGAGUUCAGCGCUCUCUUCCCUCUGUGUACACACGAACUAGCGCUAUCCACUAGGCCAGGAGCGGAAGCGAGAGAAAAACUCACUUUGCAAGAAAAGCUCGCUUACGCCGGGAUUCGAACCCCUGACCUGACCUCUAGAAGAUGUCGAGGUUACCAACUAGACCACCGGGGCGACCGG